AUGGCAUCCGUCUCUGGCAACAGACCUGCCGAUCCCCUGGCAAAGGGCACUUUCGCAACUGCGAAGCAAGCUUGGAGUGACCUCUUCAAGUGGGACCAGCGUGUCGUCGUCAGGAACGAGUAUGGCGAGGAGACCUGCGAGUGGCAGAAGCCUGAGCCUCUCAAAAAUCCCUUCAGCCUGCUCGCUCAGCUGGGUCUGAAGGACUGGGCCUACUUCCUGGUUGGUUUCUUUGCCUGGACAGCCGAUGCUUUCGACUUCCACGCCCUCUCCAUCCAGACCACUAAACUGGCCGCCUACUACCACAGGAGCAACACAUCCAUCACGACCGCUAUCACUUUGACACUGCUGCUUCGAUCUGUCGGUGCUGCCUUCUUCGGUCUGGCUGGUGACAAGUUCGGUCGCAAGUGGCCCAUGGUCCUCAACAUGAUCAUUCUCGGUCUUCUCCAGAUUGCCACCAUCUACUGUGGUACAUUCAACCAAUUCCUCGCCGUGCGAGCCCUGUUCGGUCUGUUCAUGGGUGGUGUCUACGGUAACGCUAUUGCCAUGGCCCUUGAGAACUGCCCUGUCAACGCUCGUGGUCUCAUGUCCGGUAUCCUGCAGCAAGGUUACUCAUUCGGUUACGUUCUCGCAGCUUGCGCCAACCUUGGUGUCGGCGGAGAGACCAAUACCUGGAAGAUUGUCUUCUGGAUCGGCGCUGGAUUCUCCAUCCUCGUCGGUCUCGUUCGCAUCUGCUUCCCCGAAUCCCAGCAGUUCAUCGCCGCAAAGAAGGAAGGCAAGAAGAACGUAGCCCCUGGUGCCUUCUGGGCCGAGACCAAGGUCAUGCUCAAGGCUGAGUGGCGCAUGGUCGUCUACUGCAUCUUCCUGAUGACCUGGUUCAACUUCUACUCCCACACCAGCCAGGACUCGUACACCACUUUCAUGAAGCAGCAGAAGCACCUCAGCUCCGCUGGCUCUACCCGUGCUUCCAUUCUCAUGAAGACUGGUGCCUGUGUCGGUGGUACUAUCCUCGGUUACACUUCGCAGUGGUUCGGUCGUCGCCGCACCAUUGUCUGCGCCGCUCUCAUGUCUGCUCUGCUCAUCCCGGCUUGGAUCCUGCCCACCACCGAGCGCGGCCUGUCUGCUUCUGGCUUCAUGAUCCAGUUCUUCGUCCAGGGUGCCUGGGGUGUCAUUCCCAUCCACCUCAACGAGCUGUCGCCCCCUGCCUUCCGUUCCUCCUUUGUCGGUCUGACAUACCAGCUCGGAAACAUGAUCUCCUCACCUUCUGCGCAGAUUGUCAACGCUGCUGCCGAGUCGCUCAUGAUUACCACUCACGGCGGCAAGCGCUCGCCCGCCUACGGACCCGUCAUGGGUGUUGCGACCGCCAUCAUCGCACUCGGCAUCGCCACCACCACCGCCCUUGGUCCUGAGAAGAAGGGUCGCAAGUUUGAGCAGGCAGGCCCCAUUGGUGCCAACCUUGCGCCCACCAAGGACAUUGAGACUGGCAGCAUUGACGAGAAGAACGCUGUCGAGAUUGUUGACAACAAGGAGACCAAGGCUUAA